AUGGCUGAAGAAUUUCAGGAACGCGAAAUUCUUUUUCCUCAAGAACAUGAAAUGGAGCUUCAAAAUUCUGGUGAUGAGGAAGUAGAAGAAGCUGAAUUUGGGUUUCAACUUCGGCGUUACAACAACAAGGUAUCCAUGAUACGAAAAAUAAUUAUGAAGCAAGAUGUUGAGUCCACACCGAUGAACAAAGCUUCAUUGUUCAUGGAAAAAAAAUAUAACUUUUUCGAAGAUGAGUACGUAGAUGACGAUGAUGAAAUGGUACCGCCCGAUAUGAUAAUUAAACGGAGAAUUAUCAGAAGAAUGAUGUCAUUUUCAAUUUGCAUCGGCUACGGAGGGACGCUCAGAAGAAGGAAUUUGAUUCAAGUAAGGGACUUAGUUCUAAGGAUGAUUGGUUUUAUCGAAUCAUGA